GUUAAUCAGUUACUAGAUGUCAAUGCCUCUAUAUAAAGCCCGGCAGUGUACCCAGAACUCUGCCACUGGAUACCCCAAAUAUCGCCACUAUGAAGGCUUUCCUCAGUCUCAUCCUCCUCGCUCUCUGCGUGGGAAUCAAGGCUAAGGUGUUCACAAAAUGUGAGCUGGCUUCUACUUUGAAGAAGGCUGGAAUGGAUGGCUAUAACGGAUACAGCCUGGCCAACUGUGAGUAUUUACAUCUCAGGUGCCAUCUCCUCCCCCCAAAAAUCCAGUUCUCUGUUUGAUCACUGGUACGGAGCAUUCAGGAUGAAGACAUUGUCUGUCACUGGCUACAAAGUUUCAUCAAAGUACGAUUACCACGUAGCAAGAUGACAGAAAACAAAAAACAAAACCCACUUUUGGAAUCAGAAUAUGCACCCCUUGUGGAAAGGCGUCUGUAAGCAGCUGCCUAGUCUAAUUUUUAGUAAAUCCAGCCCUGCAUUCCAGACAUCCAGACUUCGCAUCCUUUUAAAUUUGAUAUAAAUUUGUAAUAAAUUUACUCAGCAUUAACACCCUCCCCCCUCCCCCCCCACAACAUACCAAGGACAGAACGGGAAAAGUAUAAAUGAGUGUGUUUAUGGGAACUUUUUUUACCAGAGUGUGCAACAUUCGCCCAGAGUUUUUGUAUAAGACUGGCCGACUAAUGCCUGGUAUUAGUAACUGGAAGGCGAAUGAUGGGAUUUCCCACGUACAGUAUUUGAAUUCUACUACACACGUCAGAGUAGCACUUUUCCUGUGCAGCCCCUCAGUCAGUAUUUAUCCAGCAGAAUAGGGUGUGUCCCUAGGUGGCUUUCCUAUUAAUGUUAAAAGUGAGUCUGCCUGAUCAGCCUGCGUUCUGCCGGGCAGAGUCUGGUUAUACGGUCUGUUAUUACGUACAGCCCAUGUGAUCUCAGGGUUAAACCUCUUCAUUUACUGCCAUUUAUUUUUUUAGUGAGGACCUGGCGUAGUGUGUAUGUAUAGGGGGUAUAGUGUGUAGGUGCAGGGGGUGUAGUGAGCAUGUAUAGGGGUAUAGUGUGUAGGUGCAGGAGGGGUAGUGUGUAUAUAGAGAGUGUCUAUAGGGGGUGUAAGUGGUGGGGUAUAGUUUAUGUAUAUAAGGGCUGGAUAGGGUUAAAUAAUCAAUUUGCCAAUUUCAUUAUUUAAAUUAUUAUUAUUAUUUUUUUUUUUUUAAACCUACACAUUUAGUCCCCUUUCCCCUUAUUACCUUGCAGGGGGAGAGGGAGCAUGCUGAUGAUCAUCCCUGGUGAUACAGUGGGCUUGUGAUGUGGUCUGUACCUCCACAGGGUACAGAACAUGCCUUUCUCUCGCGAGAGCUGGAGUUUCAGAACAUUGCCACGGGUUACCAGAGGGUUGCCCUGCGUGUUGCCUGGAGGCUCUUUGCUCCAUAACCAAAUUCAUUUUUUCGGACGAUGAGGGAACGGAGCUGUUCAGACCCUCUCCUGGGGGCCAAGCUGUUAUGCAAGGGCCAGCAGGGGAGAUUUUUUGAUCUCCCUUGCCAGCCUAAGCCCAUGGCCAUCACGGCCCACCGGACAUUUGCCUGGUUUGCCCGAUGGCCAGUCCGGGCCUGGCUGUUAUGGUAUUUGGUUUUCUUUUGACAUAAAUUAGGGGAACAAACAUAUAUUGCAGGCUGGGCCUACAGCAUGUGAGACAGAAUGCACGAUCUAUGUUUCUUGCGAAAGAAAAUCCAAUUACAACAAAUAAGCUGUGUUAAGGAAAUAACCCAAGUUCCUUUAUUUCUACAUGAACUGAUCGAUUGAUUAAUCAGGGAUGUGCUUGUCUUACUACGAAAGCAAGUACACCACGAACGCCCUCUACGAUAACGGCUGGAGCCGCGACUAUGGGAUUUUCCAGAUUAACAGCUACUGGUGGUGCAACGAUGGCAAGACCUCCGGCGCUGUGUCAGCGUGUAGCAUUAACUGUUCCAGUGAGUAUUUUCACCAUUAUAAUCACGAGAUCUCUCUCACUAAUGGUGUUUCACUAAUGUGUGAAUUGUUGGAAUUCUAAAGUAAUUCAAAGUAAACUGAAAAAAAUUGAAAACCUCUCUGUCUUGGAGAAUAUUUCAGAUUUGGCUAAUUGGACUUGAAAUGUUUAAUUCACUUUGCAUUCCUGCAAACUUAAUAAAUAACCUCAUCUUUCAUUCCCGUGGUGAUUACUGGAACAAUUUACUGACGUCUUAUCGUACCUUUCAUUCCUCAAGGUCUGAUGGACGACAACAUCUCUGAUGACAUCACAUGCGCCAAGAGAGUUGUCCGCGAUCCCAACGGCAUGGGUGCAUGGUAAGGGAAUGGCGAUAAAGAGAUCGCUGACAUACAUUGAUACCUCUGGUAUAAUAGGACAGACAAUCACCAAGAAAUAAUCUCAAUUAAAAAAUAGGUGGAGCGCUUAGUGGUACUUAACAUGCAAACGUUGAUUACCCCUUUAAAUCAAGUAUGGAGGGUCUGGUGUACUGGAAUAUAUAAAGGGGGAAUAAAACACAGAAGAAAAUACUAGUGCUUAUAUAUUUAUAGUGUACUUAUAGCAUACAUGUAACAUACAAACACAGACACAACUUAUAGCAUACAUGUAACAUACAAACACAGACACACCGUAUAGCAUACAUGUAACAUACAAACACAGACACACCGUAACAUACAAACAUAGACACACCGUAUAGCAUACAUGUAACAUACAAACAUAGACACACCGUAUAGCAUACAUGUAACAUACAAACACAGACACACCGUAUAGCAUACAUGUAACAUACAAACAUAGACACACCGUAUAGCAUACAUGUAACAUACAAACACAGACACACCGUAUAGCAUACAUGUAACAUACAAACACAGACACACCGUAUGGCAUAGUUGGUUAUUUUACUUUAUGCCAGUAUUGAAUGAAUUGUAACAGACUGAGAACGCACAAUUCGGAAUAAGAAGUCAAGCUGUGAUAAUAGGUGAAAAAGAUUGAAAAAAAAAUAUUUAGAAUUGCUUCAGCUUGUUAAGCUUUGUUCCUGAAUGUAGGACGGACGAGGUUAUUGCAGGAAAGAUCAUUCUGUUUUCUUCAUUGUGGGAAUACUUGAUGGGACUUGUCUCAUGUAAUGAUGUUACUAUGUAACUAUAUAAUAUUCAGUACUUCUUUAUUCUGUAUAAAAAUGAUUGAGAACAAUAACCUGUAAUUUAACGUGUUUUGUAUUUUAUUUUUAGGGUUGCAUGGAACAACUACUGCAAGAACAAAGAUGUGAGCAGCUUCGUCAGUGGAUGUGCCUUGUAAGAAGAAGUGUGGACCCCAUUCGUUAUCCAGCAGGUGGCGCUGAAACCCAGUACAUUUUCCAGCAAAUGUUUAUGUAGCACAAACACUGAAAAUAAAUCCGAUAAACAUUAAAGAGUUUUUCAUUUGUUGAA